UUGGAGCUGACAAUGGCCAUCGGUCAUCUGGCACACUACGUCCUCACGGACCAGCUGACACCUCUGCUGAUUAAAACGAAGCCCGGCGCCAGAGUGAUAAUCAUUUCCUCAGCCGAGCACUACGAAGGAUCGUUUGCUGACGGCUCACUCUUUGUUGAACGUGGUGAAUUCAACUCCAUUAAAGCCUUCAGCAAAACGAAACUGGCCAAUGUAAUGCAUGGUAUAAUUCUGGCCAAAAAGUUCAAGAAUACAAGUGUCAUCCCAGUGAGCCUGCAUCCGGGCUACGUCCUGCCACAAGUUGGGUUUAUGGUACCCACUCUUUUCGGCGCCUUCUUUAAAACACGCUGGGAGGCUGCCCAGACGGUCAUGCAAGCGGCCAUGGCGAAAGAUCUACAACCGGGUGGCUACUACGAUGACUGUAAACUGCUGCAACCCAAUGCCGAAGCUCUCAAUGAGACAAUCGUGAACACGUUUCAGAAGGAAACCACUACAGUUAUAAACAAGAUUCUGAAGAAGAAGUAG